CUCUCUCUCCCUUGUCAUCGUUCUGCUGCUUGGCCGGACGGGGAUGGGAAAGAGGAUGAUGAUGGACGGCGGGAGGUCGCCGUCGAGCAUUCAACGGAUGCUAGUGGCCAGGCUUGAGCAGUAUGCCUACAACCACGACAUCGCCAACGACGAUGACGUCCUAGACCACCUCCGCACCAGCUACCCCGAGUACAAGCGCCAGAAGCUUGAGCCGUUCCGCCGCUACGUCCUCCCUGCUCUUCGCCGCGUCCGCUCCUCCAUUGCCGCCGCAGCCAAUUCCCCGUUGGAUGAGGAACACGACGAAGGGGGCUGCUGCUCCACCCCAGCCUCCGCUGUCGCCGAGUCGUCGCGGAGAAAGAAUAAGAAGAAGGCGAGGAUAGACCCUUCUGAGGAGAAGCUAGCUCUUAGAGAGAGGGACCACCUGAGGAAGCGGAAGAUGGCUCUCGGUGAUAAUGUUGGUGACGAGGACGAUACUGGUGAAGAGGACGACAGUUCGAGCUCAGAGGAGGCGGAUUCUUCGCCGCAGUUUGACCUAAUGAAAUCGAUGAUGAGAUCGAGUUAUGGUAAACUUAAGGGAGCUUCUGCAACUAGCGCCAAAGAAGAGAUGCCGAAGUUGGAGAGGAAUCUGGAGGUCGUGUUGGACGCGAAGGCGAAUGUGGAGGCUGUAAAGAUGGAGCAGACGGGUAGAAUUGGGGAACUCGGAAUCACAGUGGCGGCUACAGCGGCGGCAGAGUCGAAUGUGUCGAAUCUGGUGCUGGAGGAUGGCAAGGGGAUGAGCGGGAGGGAGAAGAGGGGGCGGCCCAAUUUCAAGGAUCUUGGUGGAAUCAAGGGCAUAUUGGACGAAUUGAUGAUGGAGGUGAUGAUCCCGCUAUUCCAUCCUCAGCUGCCUGAGCAUCUGGGAGUGCGGCCAUUGAAGGGAAUUCUGUUGCACGGACCGCCAGGAUGCGGGAAGACGAAGCUUGCUCAUGCCAUUGCCAACGAGACUGGGGUGCCAUUUUACAAGAUCUCGGCAACAGAAGUCGUUUCCGGAAUCUCAGGUGUCUCUGAGGAGAAUAUCCGCAAUCUUUUCUCUAAGGCAUACAGGACUGCGCCUUCAAUUGUCUUCAUUGAUGAGAUUGACGCAAUUGCUUCAAAGAGGGACAAUUUACAGAGAGAAAUGGAGAGGAGAAUUGUGACUCAACUUCUGACAUGUAUGGAUGAGUCAAACCAUACUGCUAGUUCUGUUGGUCAAGAUUCUGAUUCAGAAACUUCUGGCAAAAAGCCUGGAUAUGUGCUUGUAAUUGGAGCUACAAAUAGACCUGAUGCAGUAGAUCCUGCACUUAGAAGGCCAGGCCGGUUUGACCGAGAAAUUUGUAUGGGUGUUCCGGAUGAAAAUGCAAGAGUGGAGAUCCUUUCGGUGCUUACCACCAACCUUAGACUGGAAGGUGCAUUUGAUCUGAAGAAAAUUGCAAAGCUGACACCUGGUUUUGUAGCUGCUGAUUUGGCUGCCUUAGCAAACAAGGCUGGAAAUCUUGCAAUGAAGAGGAUACUAGAUAAAAGGAAAUUAGACCUCUCCCUUGAACGAGAAGGCAAAGAGAGUGAAGAAGAUUGGUGGAGAUACCCUUGGGUACCUGAGGAGAUGGAAAGGCUUAGUAUUACGAUGGCUGAUUUUGAGGAAGCAGCUGCAGUGGUUCAACCUUCAUCUAAAAGAGAAGGGUUUUCUGCCAUACCUGAAAAAACAUGGGAUGAUGUUGGUGGUAUGCAUUCAUUGAGGAGGGAUUUUGAGCUUUACAUUGUGGGACGAAUUAAACAUCCAGAAGAUUAUGAGGAAUUUGGCAUGGAUCUGGAGACUGGAUUUUUGCUUUAUGGACCUCCUGGCUGUGGAAAGUCAUUGAUCGCUAUGGCUGUAGCAAAUGAAGCUGGAGCCAAUUUUAUACACAUAAAGGGCCCUGAGAUACUGAGCAAGUAUGUGGGUGAAAGCGAGUUGGCAAUUCGGACAAUUUUUAGACGUGCCCGUACUUGUGCACCAUGCAUACUUUUCUUUGAUGAGGUGGAUGCUUUAACAACAAAAAGAGGAAAGGAUGGUGGAUGGGUUGUUGAACGGCUAAUAAAUCAGCUGCUUAUAGAGCUUGAUGGUGCUGAUCAGAGGAAGGGUGUUUACGUUGUUGGUGCUACUAAUAGGCCUGAUGCAAUUGACAGAGCUCUCCUGAGGCCUGGAAGGCUGGGGAAGCUCAUGUUUGUGCCUUUACCUAGCUCUGAUGAGCGCACAUCCAUCAUGAAAACACUAUCGCGGAAAAGGCCGAUAUCUCCAGAUGUGAACUUUGAUGAGCUAAGUGAACAAAGUGAAAACUUUAGUGGAGCUGAUCUUGCAAAGUGGGUAGAGGAAGCUGCUAUGGCUGCAUUUGAGGAAAAGCAAAAGUCCGAGGACAGGAGUAAAACAGGACAUCGAUGGCUUAUCAACAAAUCACACUUUGAGGAGGCCUUGAAGAAGGUUACUCCGUCUGUCAGCGAAAAGCAACGAAGAUACUACAGCGAGAUAUCAUUGUAUUUUGGAAGGGGUUGAUGAGUUGCAAGUUGGAUCUUGAUUGUCAUGGUUGAACACUCUGGAGAGCCAUAGCUUGGUACAGCAGUAGGUCUUGGGCUGUCGGGAAUGUGAAGCUGGUGGAAAGCCUUGUGGUGGCUAGUUUCGGCCUCUAUUUCCGGACUGCUCUUUUUUUAUUGCCCACAAUGUGGGUUACGACCCCUUUUACUGCAUUGUAAUUUUUUGAUGUAACAAUGCUCCGAUGAAAAUAAAAAAAGAAUUAUGCCUU